AAAUUCAUGUCGUGGACAAUGUUGACAUUCACAGCUGACACUUCUACUAUAGUAACAAUGUUUAUAUUGUAGUUUAUAUAAAUUAUUAUUGUAUUUUAUCAUUUUUCAGCAUAUUAGUAAGUGGUUAAUAAUGAUAUAAUUUAAGCCAUAUUAUGAUGUCGGUCAAUGACUCCGAUAAAAAAGUGAUUAGAGUAAAUGUUGAAUAUUGUGGAGUCUGUGAUUAUGGGGGUCAUUGUGUUGCACUUGCAAAAACUAUUCGAGAAAGCACUCCUAAUGCUGUAGUGUAUUGUAAGCGUGGUCGGCAGGGAUCUUUUGAAAUAACAGUUAAUGAUAAACUCAUAUAUUCCAAAAUGCAGACUAUGGCCAUACCAGAUUAUGAGGAGGUAGCACAGGUAGUACAGGAUGUAUCUCAAGGUAGUGAACCAAGGGAAAUAAAAGGACAACAGCCAAUAAACUGUGCAAUAGUUUAACAUAUAUUUAUACUAUAACAACCAAGAUAGUAACUUGUCUAAAUUUACACUUAUUAACAGUAACAAUAAGAAUUAUAGUUUUAUCUUAUUUAUAGUAACAAAAUCAAUAAUUAUAUAUUUUUUUUAAAUAAA